CGGGCGGCCACUGAAGACGAAGCGAAGAGGGUCACAGCCUCACUCUGUGUGGAGUGAGGCGGCCCUCUUUCAGCCUUGCAUCGCGUGCGCUGUGCCCCACCUUGUGCUCCCACCCCCCCCCGUGUCUUGCCUCUCCUCUCUCUGUGCCUUUGCCUGUGUGUUUGUGUGCAUGCUCGCUGCUGCUGCUGCGCGUGUGCCCGCUUACCACCGGAAGGAGACCUUGGCACUGUGUGGAUGUGCUCCUUCUUGGUGGCCGGCUCUUGUGCUUGCGUGUCUCGUGCUGUCGGAGGAUCCCACGCCGCCCACUCCUUCACUCGCGCUCUCUCUGUGCCCCCUUUCCCCCCCACUGUGUCUGCCCCCUCCCCAAGCAGUCCCAUAGUGUUGGAGAUCCAUGAGAGAGAGCCCCCUUCCCUCUGGGGACCGGGCAUCUUGGAGUAUGUCUGCGCCUGCGACGCGAGCUUCCCCCCUCCUCACACAGUCAGAGCCGCCCUUCUGCAUGUGAGAGCACGCGCGCACGCCCCUACCUCCGAAGCUGUUGCCGGUCACUUUCCCUGGCUCUUGGCCCCCACCUCGAGCCGCCGCCGCCCUCCCCCAGGGCCAGCCAUCCUACUUGGCGAAGAGUUGGCCCUGUCGCUCAUCCACCCGAGGGGUGGAGAUGCAUGUGCCUCUCUCCUCCAUGGCCCUUGUUCUGUGGUGUCCCUCCCCACACACACAGUGUACGUCCGCGGCUGCCCGCCCUCUCUCCGCCUCCCGUGUCCUUCCUUGAUGAAAUUCACCCUUGGCUGUAUGAAUCUGAUGAUUCGAACGGUUUUGUAUUUCGCGAUACGCACUGAGAAAACACGCGUUUUCUCUCCCGCCUCAUCCCCCUCCUCCCUCCCCAUUCCUAACUCCUCCCUCUCUCCCCCCUCCCACAGACGUCUCCCCUCUCCUCCUUCCCCUCUCCUCCCCCCUAUAGUGCUAUGAUGAGAACCGCAACAAAUAAUGAUAGGAAAGGCCGUCAGAUGUUCAGUGACGACUGUUCAAUUCAGAGUUAGAUUGCCCUCUGCGCAUCUUCCCUCCUCCUCCGCCACUCUCUUCUCACACUCUCCUCCCUCCUCUGUAGACACACCUCCUGUGGAUGUGUGCGCCCUCCCUUUCUCCGUGUUCCGACCCUCCCCAUGUGUCGGUCACACGCACGACAAGCCAAACAUCCCUCCUUGUUGAGAAUGCGCCGGGUCGCUCGGCCCCCUUCCCCACCCUCUCACGGGGGAGCGCGGUGUCUGUGCAUGGUUCAUGUGCGCCCAAGCCUCUCUCUCUCUUCCUCUGUUGCACCUUUGCACACACUUUCCCUGUGGGGAGGCAUCUGAGAGAGGGGGCACUUCUGCCUGCUCCCUCCCGGACCUUCCUGCGUGUGUGUGUCUUUGGCGCUUCUCCCACAUAUAUAUCCCCCAAAUAGAAACCAUCCUCUUUCCAUACA